AUGAAUUUUACUUUCGAAAUUUCUUUUGAAAAUUCUCAAGAAAAUUAUACCAUAAUUCAAAUAAAUCAGAUAUUGAUUAUGAAAUACCACCAAAGUACUAAUAACACUGAAAAUAAGGCAGGAUGGGUAGUUAACGCAUCAACUCACAGACGUUCAAAAACAUUAUUAUCAAAGACCAUCUUACCAUCCGAAUGCAAACAUAGUUUCUACAACACAAUUCAAGCGCAAUUACGACAAAUAUCUAUUUAUGGAUUUACCAAAGCUCAUUAUACUCUGAAUACAAAUCAAAUAAAUCAAUUGUCAUUAUUUUUUGAUCCGAAUGAACCUACAUAUAUUUCUAUUUGUUUUAAUAAUAUGAAAUAUGAAGUUAUUAUUCCAUCUGAAGAAAUUUGUAGAGUUGAAACUAUCAAUUUUGGAAAAUUGUACUAUUACCGUGAAAUAGAUCAUCCAUGGAUGUUAAAACGCAUUUUGUUAUAUAAUGAUCCAACAGAUGGUUAUUUUGACGAAGCAGUAUCAUUUUGUCUAAAACCGUUUUAUCCAGUAGAUUAUUUCUACGCUAAUAACGUGAAAAGUGAAAUCAACAGAUUAAAUCGGAUGAAAUGGAACAAAUUAACGAAGCAACAAAUUGGUAUGUUUCAUAAAUUUCGACAAACACCUCAAGCAAUAGUUGGUCGUAAAGAUGGUACAUGUAGUCAGGUUAUAAAACAAUUAAAUGGUACAUCCAUUAUGGUAUCUUCAGAACUAAUAUUAACGGAGAAAAACGAGCCGUUUUUUAUCCGAUUAAUGGGUCAUUCUAUCAGCUCCGAUUGUUCAUUUCGAGAAGAUUCCAGAAUAAAAGAUGGAAAAAAACAUGGUUUAGAAAUAGCCGCGGAUAUUGGGAUAAAUUGA